AUCAUGGUCUGAAUUUGGAAUACCUACCUCAAAGAUAAAGAAAAUAAGUUAGGCAGUGAGCUAUUAGCUUCAACGCGUAAUUGUGCGUGCAUUUUGUAAUAAUCUCCUUCAAUAAUGAGGUUUUUUGUAAUAAUUAGUCUCCUUGGAGUCGCUUUUGCGGCUCCAAACUCCCGCAUCAUGGGCGGCGCGGACACGGCCAUCGAAGACUACCCGUUUUUCGCGUCCAUCGAGUACAACACCUAUGAUGUCUGGUUCCUGCACUGCGGUGGGGCCCUCAUCAGCAACGACGCCAUCUUGUCUGCUGCGUCUUGCUUCGUCGCCUCCGACCCCGCCUUCCACCGCGCUCGCCUCGGCAGCUCCAACGCCACGACCGGCGGAACCCUGGAGACCAUCGGCCAGUUCAUCCUGCACCCCAACUUCAACCGAGUGACCAUGGAGAACGACAUCGCUCUGCUGCGCCUCCAACUGAACGUGGAGGAGAGCCAGACGAUCCAGUACGCCAGUAUUCCUGGGCCUAAUUAUGUGCUCGCUGAUAACUUCGCGCUCACCGCUAUCGGUGUUGGCAGACGUGCUCCCGGUGACAUCAGACCCGCAAAACUCCAGAGCGUUAGGUUGAACCUGAUCAACCGUGAACUGUGCGCAGCCCGGUAUGCCGUCCUACAGGCCGAACCAGGCUAUGAAAACUGGCCAACUGUCACCAACACCAUGAUGUGCACGGCAGUGCUCGACCAACCAGGCAUCGGCACGUGCCAGGGCGACAACGGCGGACCAAUCACAGCUCAGGGGAACGUCGUAUACGGGGUUGCGUCGUGGCAGUAUUCCUGCGGAUCUGACAUCUUCCCUAGCGUCAACACCUGGGUCUCGCCGUUCUCUAACUGGAUUCAGGCUAAUGUUUAAGUUAGUUUUGUACUUUUUAUAAAGUUGUUAUUAAAUUAA